GCUCCUCGGCUGCUGUUCCACCGCCCCGGUUCGGCGAGGGGGCCCAGGCUGCCCACGGUGCCAGGGAAGAUGCCAUCCCGGACGGCCUCGUGGCUCUCGCUGGGGCCCUUGGUGGCGCUGCUUCUCUGCGGUCCGGCCGUCGCCAUCCAGUUGCCCAAAGACUAUGACCUACAGAACCUGUGGAAACCACCCGAAUUCACCGAGCAGCCAGACGAGCAGAUCGUGGUGCUCCCCAAUGACGACAUCGUUCUGAAGUGCAGCGCCACGGGGAACCCCCCUGUGACAGCCGUCACUAUUAUGAGGUUUAGCCGCUUCAUUGAGCCUUGCGAUAUUCUGUCUGCAUACAUUUGCACAGGAAUAAGCGGUACUUCUGAAAGGACAAAAAACCCACCCGCUUUGUUUUUCGGCGAGGCGUACCGGCGUCACGUCCGGCACCGUCCUGGAAUUAGCACGUUUGACCCGCAGAAGGAGCCCGGGGUGGCUCAGCAGAAUGGAUCGGGGACCCUGGUGAUCACGACGUACAACGGAUACGCGGCGACCAAGUACCAGGGCAUCUAUCGGUGUUACGCCAGCAACCCCCUGGGCACCGCCAUGAGCACAGAGAGCCGCGUCGUGGCUGAGAGUCCUCCCCAGUGGCCUAAGGAGAGCGUUGCCCCCGUGGAAGUGGAGGAAGGGGACCCGGCGGUUUUACCCUGCAAUUCGCCCACCAGUGCCUUCUCCCCCAGGAUCUACUGGCUAAAUAGCAAGAUUAUCCACAUCAAGCAGAACGAACGCGUCACCUUGGGCCACGACGGGAACCUGUACUUUGCCAACGUGCAGCUCUCCGACAGUCACCCGGACUACAUCUGCAAUUCCCACUUUGUCGGUCCCCGCAUCAUCAUCCAAAAGGAGCCCAUCGAACUGAAAGUCAAGCCCACCAACUCUUUCCUGAUGAGGAAGCCGCGUCUCAUGCUGCCAGAGAGAACGCCCAGUUCGCACAUGGCGCUGCAAGGGAAGACCUUGCUGCUGGAGUGUAUCCCAGAGGGGCUCCCCACGCCGACAGUGGAAUGGGUCUACAAAGACGGUCUGAUGCCCUUAAAUCGGGCAGUCAUCGAGAACUUCAACCGGACCCUGCGCAUCGAGAACGUGACGGAGGAGGACGACGGAGAAUACCAGUGCAUCGCUCGCAACUCGGGUGGCACCAUGCAGCACACCUAUCACGUCACCGUUGAAGCUGCUCCAUACUGGUCCAAAAAGCCCCAGAGCCAUAUCUACGGGCCGGGAGAGAAUGUGCGCCUGCCCUGCGAGGCCUACGGGAAACCCAGACCGGAGGUGGAGUGGAGAAUAAACGGGAUUCCGCUAAAAAAUCUGCCGCCGGACCCGAGGAGGUUGCAGCAACGCGGAGCCCUUAUCCUCAGCCAGGUGGAGCCCAACGAUACCGCUGUGAUCCAGUGCCACGCCCACAACAAACAUGGCAGCCUCUUGGCCAACGCCUACAUCUACGUAGUCCGCCUGCCAGCACAGAUCCUGACCCCAGACGACAUGAGCUACAGCGUGGUGGAGAACCAAACUGCCUUGUUGCACUGCAAAACCUUUGGGGCACCUGGACCCACGGUGAAAUGGUUUACGGAAGACAUGUACCCUGCCCUUGAAAACAACCGGACCUUUGAGUUCACGAACGGAACCCUGAAGCUGGAGGGGGUCCAGCGGGAGGACGCAGGGAGCUAUCGAUGCUUGGCCAAGAACGAUCAGAACGAAGUCGACAUCACUGCUCAGCUCAUUGUCAAAAGAGCCACCAAGAUUUUGGUGGGGCCCGCCAACGCCAAGACCCUGAAAGGCAGCAGCGUGACCUUCCGUUGCGAGGCGUGGUUCGACGAGUCCAUUCCGAAGCACGGCGUCCAGUGGCAACGAGAAGGACGGGAUGUCGAGGAGUCGGACGACACCGACAAGUAUUUCAUCAGCAACACGACCUUGACCAUCACUGACUUGGACUACUCUGAUGAAGGAGUGUACAGCUGCGUGGCCUGGACCUCUCUUGACUCUGUGAAGAAGAGCGCCAGGCUGCUGGUGGCCGGCUUGCCCGGUCCUGUGUUUGACCUGGAAUUGUCAGAACAGCAGGAACGCCAAGUGAAGUUGACGUGGACACCUGGAGACGAUCACAACAGUCCCAUCUUGCAAUAUUAUGUGCUGUUUGAAGAAAGCAUCUUCGAUCCAGGCCAGUGGCAUACUUUGACCCAUGUGCCCGGCAACCAGCAGUGGGCCAAGCUCCACCUCUCGCCAUACGGGAAAUACCGCUUCCGCGUGCAGGCAGCCAACGCCUACGGGCGCGGUAAUCAAAGCGACAGCUCCGAUCUUUACGAAACUAGCCCAGCAGCCCCCGACCUGAAUCCAUCCGGAGUCAAAGGGGAGGGAAAUGAGACCAGUAAUAUGAUCAUCACCUGGAAGCCUUUGCCUCCCAUGGAGUGGAAUGCGCCAGAGGUCAAAUACCACGUGCAGUGGCGCCCAUUGAACGAGCCAAACUGGAACAAGGCUGAAGUCGCAGGGCCCCCAGUGGUGGUGACGGAUACCGAGACCUUCUCCCCCUACCUCAUCAAGGUGCAGGCCCUCAAUCAGUUUGGCGGCGGACCCGAACCGGAAGUCGUCAAGGGCUACUCAGGGGAAGCCAGGCCGGAGGCCACCCCGGAAAAUGUGGGGGUGGAAGAACUCAACAGCACGGCCCUCAAGCUUUCCUGGAGUCUGCCCAACGUGGAGAAAAUCUGGGGCCACCUCAAGGGAUUCAAGGUUUAUUACACCUGGCUAAAGCCCGAGGGAGAGCACAGGUGUCCGCAGCCUCCCCCCCAUGGCCACCACCACCAGGACAAACGGGACCCUCUGCUGGUCGAAGGGAAUGUGUCUCAGGUCGUAUUGGGAGUCUUCAGACCCUGGACCCGCUACCGGAUCGAGAUGACUGUGCUCAACGGGAAGGGGGAGGGCCCCAAAAGCGAAGCCACGGAAUUGACCAUGCUGGAGGGAG